GGAAAUCUUUAGCCUAGGCCCGGGACAAGGCGCAAACGCAAGAUCGUGCAAGGGUCGAAAAUUGUCAGUUGCAGCUUUGCACCAUCUCUGGCAGCAGUUGUGCGUAAUCUCUAUUGCCAAACUGCAAUAAGGGAACAGAUAUUUAUUUUCUUGGAUUUUGUCACGAAUUGGCAACAAAAGAUAUUCAUCAUGGCCGACCGAAAAAGGGCCACCGACUACUUCAUAGACAUUGUUGUCUUUGCUGGCAUGACAGCAACCCUUUACCUCCUGACCAAGAACAUUCUAUCAUCGCUAUCGUCGACACUGGGCGACCCAGACAAGGAGAAGCACGAACAGGCGCGAUUAAGAGCAAAGGCAAACCUCCAGAGAUUACGAAAGAUACAAAACGGUGAUGGCACAGCAAAUGGAGAGGCCCAGGACGGUGAAGGUGGUCAGAGAAACGGCCCGGCCGUCGAGGAGCUGCAGCUAAACGAAUACGAAAACAUGAUUGCGAUGGACGUCGUUGCGCCAGAGGACAUCAAUGUUGGAUUCGAUGCUAUCGGUGGCCUGGAAGACAUUAUUGAGGAGGUCAAGGAGUCGGUCAUUUACCCUCUGACGAUGCCUCACCUAUACUCGCACGCUGCUCCACUUCUGUCCGCGCCAUCGGGUGUUCUUCUCUACGGGCCUCCUGGAUGCGGAAAGACAAUGCUUGCCAAGGCCGUUGCCCAUGAGAGCGGUGCAUCCUUCAUCAACCUACAUAUCUCGACCCUGACGGAGAAGUGGUAUGGAGACUCUAACAAGCUCGUCCGAGCUGUCUUCUCCCUGGCGCGGAAGCUUCAACCUGCUAUCAUAUUCAUUGAUGAGAUCGACGCCGUUCUGGGAACUCGCAGGAGUGGAGAGCACGAGGCCAGCGGCAUGGUCAAGGCAGAAUUUAUGACUCUCUGGGAUGGAUUGACAUCGGCGAAUGCGUCAGGUGUUCCCUCCAGGAUAAUGGUGCUGGGUGCGACGAAUCGAAUCAACGAUAUAGACGAGGCCAUUCUGAGGAGAAUGCCCAAAAAGUUCCCCGUACCAUUGCCCGGCACAGAACAACGCCGGCGCAUCUUGGAACUCAUUUUGGGUGAAACCAAGCGGGAUCCUGAGCACUUCGAUCUUGAAUAUAUUGCCGCAGUGACGGCGGGCAUGUCGGGCAGCGAAAUCAAAGACGCAUGCCGUGACGCGGCCAUGUCACCGAUGCGCGAGUUUAUUCGAACACAGCGUGCAGCCGGGACACCCAUGGCCAGCAUUGACCCCACUCAAGUCAGGGGAAUCCGUACUGAUGACUUUUUCUCAAGGAAGGGGGCUGGACCCCGGGUUCGAAGCAUGGGGGAGAACAAAAAGAGCACAGCGAAGCAAAAUUCUACCACAGAAAAGCAUGCUGAACGUGCAGAGGACAGCGAGUAUGAGGACGUCGAUGAAGAGCACACGAGACCGGUGUCGCCGGAUUAAACUCGUUGGUGCGAAGUCUAGUGUUGCUGGCUCCCGGUCUAUUAAUUUGACUGGGAUAUUUUUUCUCUUUUUUUCGGUAAUGUUUGUUUCCGUGACAUGAACAUAUAUAUAGACAGGCGACCGAGGUCACAUGAAGGCAUAAUUUUACACGAGUAAAUAUAAAUAAAUGUCAUUUCCGAGAA